AUGAUCCUACAAGACUUGCUCAUCUGCACACCCUUUGUCGACCUUUUUCCUAGAACGAGAAAUCUAUAUCCUGAGAUCCUCCGGUGCAACAAACAAUUGUACGCCGAGGGCCUGGAUGUACUCUAUGGCCAGAAUUACUUCUGGAUCAAGAUUGGUCACAGAAUACCACAUCUAUUCACCACCCCCGCCUCCGUGUAUUCCACAGAUUACCGCAACCAGAUUAUCGAUGAUUUCGAUGUCAUAAUACCACGGUACAAGCUAAUUCGGAACUACGAAAUCUACGUCGAGAUAAAGGAUGGAUCGAACUGGGAACGUGGGCAGGUGCGGUCGCUCGUUCGAAAAAUGGCUACUACGCUCUCCGACGUCACCUACCUCAAACAUCUCCGCAUCACCUUGGGUGGCCACGAGGACUACUACUCUGAGCCACUCAACAAAGAGAUUUAUGCACUUUCCGAUACUCUGGAGCCGUUCACCCUACUGCGACGCGUGCACCGUGUGGACAUGAAUGGCGGUGUCCAACCCCCGCCCUUCAGCCGUUACGGGUUUUGGGAUAAACUACAAGAUGCAUACAAGGCGAUGGACUGCCACGAGGUCGACCAGUUCAAGAAAAUUCGCGCCGAUUUGGUACAGUCCUUACUUGAGGACUCUAAGCACAAAUGGAAACAUCUGAAGUACCUAAUGGAACAUCUGAAGCACAAAUCGGAACAUCUGUUCGACCACGACGCCGAGCAGGAUGAGCAAGCAGGAUGGAUUGAGCAUUUGAGCAAACAGGAUGGAUUGAGCCGGAUGAGCAACCAGGAUGAGUUAUUGAGCAGUAUGAGCAACCAGGAAGGGUUAUUGAGCAGGACGAGCAACCAGGAUGGUUAUUGGGCAGGGCUGGGCAGUUGGGAAGGGAAAACUUAG